GAAUAAAUUUAUUUAACCCCACUACGAUAACUUUAUCCAUCAUCAUCAUCAUCAUCAUUAUAUACCAUACAACCGACUUCAAUACAUUCAACACGCCGUAUUAUAUUUGUGUUGAAAGACUCCUGCGUAUAUUUGAUUCUGCUGCUCGUUUAUACACCUUUGGAAUCCCUCCCUCCUAUCAAUACCUUCAUUACACCUGCAAUCGAUUCACAAUGGGAUCAGCUACUCUCCCCGCCAUGCAAACCUCGCCGAAAUAUAUCUUCUUCACCGAUUUCGAUGGCACAAUCACAACCCGCGAUUCCAACGAUUUCAUGACAGACAAUCUUGGAUUUGGUCAAGAGCUCCGCAAGCAGGGAAACAAAGAUGUUCUCGAUGGCAGAAAGACCUUCCGCGAUUCUUUCCAAACAAUGAUGGAUAGCAUCAAGACUCCAUACAGCAAAUGUAUAUCAACUCUUAUCGAAAACAUCAAAUUAGAUCCAGGAUUCAAGGAGUUUUUCGAAUGGGCAAGAGAGAACAAUAUGCCAGUUGUUAUUUUGAGUGGUGGGAUGGAACCAAUCAUCAGAGCAUUAUUGGAACAUCUCUUGGGAAAGAAAGAAGCUUCCGAAAUUCAGAUUGUCAGUAACCAAGUUGAAGUUAGAGAAGGAUUCAAGAGUCUUGAUGAGGAGGGAGGCUGGAAUAUUAUCUACCAUGACGAAAGUCAUUUCGGACAUGAUAAAUCCAGAGAGAUCAGACCAUACGCUGCGCUUCCAGACGAUCAAAGACCAACCAUGUUUUACGCUGGAGAUGGAGUGUCAGAUCUCUCGGCUGCCAAGGAGACGGAUCUUUUAUUCGCCAAAAAGGGUCAUGACCUCAUUACCUACUGUGUUAGAGAAAAGGUCCCAUUCACAAUCUUUGAGGACUGGACUUCUAUUCUAUCAACAGUUAAGGAUGUUGUUGCUGGUAAAACAACCAUCAAGGAAGUCUACGCUGCCGGUAUCAAGGACUUCGAAAGUGAGAAGGCAUAGACUAUUUGGCUCAAGUUUUUGUCCAUAGAACAUAGACUGUUCAUUAAAUUAGAUUUAUAGAGAUGCGCAUAGAGAUAUACAGAUUGCUUUCUCUCCUGACAUGUUCUAGAGCA